GACGAGAGAAACUUUCGCUUUAAUGUAAAUCUGUUCAAGACGCUCGUCUGAAAUAUAAAGGAAAAAAUGGUUGAGAGGCUCUAGUUUUAAAACAUUGUUGGUGUAGACAGGAAUGUUUUUGCUUAUUUUUUUAUUGUUUCUCUCUUCAUUUAGAGAUGCGCAGCAAGAAAAACACUUCCUGCACUACAAGUUCACAGCCCUGACUAAAGCAGACACAUUCCCAGAGUUCAGUGCUGUGGGUGUGUGUGAUGACAGACAGAUCAAACACUGUAAAGAUCGACUCUGGGUAAGAGAGAGUCUGACUGUGGAUAACUGGACCAAAUCUCCUGCAAACCCACCUGAUCAUAGAGACUGGUUCAUUCAUCAGCUGUACUCUCUGUCAAACUGCACAAACUCACAGUGUUCUGAGCUUCAUGUUCUUCAGAGAAUAAUUGGCUGUGAACUGGAGAAACUUCCUGAUGGAACAGUAAAUCUGACUGUCUUUGAUGAAUAUGGAUUUGAUGGAGAGGAUUUUAUAUCCUUUAGUGAUGACACUAUGCAGUGGAUUGAUAAAAGCCCAAAAGCCAAAGAAACCGUGAAGGAAUGGAAUAAUCAAAUAGAACGGAACCAGUACAUCAAGGGUUAUCUCGAGAACUGUGUGCACACGAUCUCCACAUUUAACCACACAAAUAUGAGUGCUCCAGAUGUUCGUGUCUCUGCGAGGAAAUCUCCUGAUGAUGACAGUAAUCUGAUUCUGACGUGUCUGGCCACUGGUUUCUACCCCAGAGAUGUUCAGAUGAACAUUAGAUUGGACAAAACUAAACUUGAGGAUCAAACAUCUUCUGGAAUCAGACCAAAUGAAGAUGAAACCUUUCAGAUGAGAAUCAGUGUGAAGAUCGACAGAAACCAUGAAGGAUCUUAUGAUUGUCUGGUCAUUCACAGCAGUCUGACAGUUACAGUAGAGUGGGAUGGAAAAUGUUCUAACUGUGAACCAGAACCUCAAAGGGGUGUUAUAUAUGGAAUAAUUGCGGCCGUUGUAGUCUUUGUGAUUGGUUGCUACAUCUACAAAAGGAAAAGUUCAAAUGGUCUGAUGACAUGGAGGCGCAAUUAUGGCUCAAUGGAUGGUCAGUCACAAAAUGAUCUAUAAGGAGAAUAAAAAAAAAAUAAAAUCAGUCCAAACUGCAGCAGGUACAGACUCCAGUGGAUCAGCAGUGAUGGACUGAGAUGUGAACAUGUUUAUGGGCACUGAUGAGAAUUUACUCAUUUUGCACACAGUGUUCUUACUGAAAAAAAAAAAAAAAAAAAAAAAAACGUUUUGGUUCUUGAUUUUGUUCCUUUAGCUGUUUCUAAUCUGUAUCACCUCUACUUUAACAAGAAUGCUUAAUCAUAGCUGUUUCUGUUUAUAUUAUCUUUAAAUUUUAUCUUAAAAUGAUGACACUGACUCCUGUACAACUGUGGCCUGUUGCACAUUUUAGACUUGACAAUUAAUAUAACACUUUGCUUUUAAUAUAAUACACGCAUUAAUAUACAAACUUCUUGCCUUUCAGGACUCAAAUGAGAGCUUUUAUAAAUUGCAAACAGAAGUUUUUAUUUGUUUAAUGUAGUAAAUCAUAUGUUGGAAAAACAGGAUUAAGAACAGAUAUUGCCGAUUAUCACAGUACUGUUAGAUGAAAUAGUAUGCUAAACUAAAAUGUGAUGAAUGGCUAUGAAAUGCACCUGUUAUGAUGAUAAAUUAUGAUCAAUUAAAAAAAUAAUGUAAGAUCAUAAUGUUUUAUAGAGAGACAUUUGAUACUAGAGCAAAGCUGGACACUCUAAAUAUAUUUAAUAACAUAUAUAGUAUAUUUUACAAAAUUACACCAUGCAGAAUUAACUGACAUAGCCGAUAUAAUAUAACAUAUCCCACACACUGAACUCAAAACACAGUUUAUAUCAUUGUAAGUUUUAUCUCUGUAUUUUCUGCAUACAGGAAGUGUGAGGAGGGAAAUUAUUACAGUGCAAACUUAUUUGUAAAUAUAUACUAUUUUCAGCACAGGGAUCAGAGAAAAUAUUUUAGGUGUAAGAUUUUUGCAUUUAUAGAUUUAUAAAUUCACCUUUGUGAAGUGUUUCGAUGUUUCAGUGUUUCAAGCUUCACAGCGGUCAUGGUUCAUGAUUAUGCUGCUGAAAUUAAGGUCCUUCCUUUCAAAUGUUGUUAUUAAAUCAUGUCUAGAUUUUUUCUUUUGACUCUGUAAAUGUUUUUGGCAGUUCUCUGUUUGUGUGUUUUAAUUCAAUCAAUUGUUUGAUACCCAGAGAAUACAUGUAUUGAUCAAAUGUACAAAUUAAAUACUUUGUAAGUGUCUUUGAUAAAAGUGUCUGAUAAAUGCAUUAAUGAAG